AAAAUGUGUUUACAUUUCCAUAUUAUUUUUCGUUUUUGCAAUAAUUUUAUGCACAAUAAUCAUAACUCGAAGUUCUUCGAUUUUUCGUUGUGCGCAUCGUAAUGUGUAUCCAAGCAACUGCCUAAAAACAUAUACAGUGUGUUGAAUGUAGCUGAUCACUACCAUUGUGCUUAAGAAGUAUGACCCUAUGUUUAGGCCCUACCGGUGCCGGUAAAACUCUGUUGUUGAAGAAGCUCCAAAACAUCGAAAAUGUGGACACCACUGCGACUUCAGUGCCAACUGUAGGCACAAACAUGUUCGCUAUCAAAAUCGAUACUGAAGUACACCAAAUUCGAGAACUCGGUGGAAUAAUGUCGCCCCUUUGGUCCAGGUACUUCGAAGGAAUCCAAAAAAUUAUGUACGUCGUGGAUGCAUCAAAUCUGUGUCAAAUUAGUGCGGCCGGAGUACUCUUUUACACAAUUAUUGCCAAUCCGAUGCUCGCAAAUGCCAAAUUCCUCUUGGUGUUAACAAAAAUGGAUGUGAGCUAUAGACAGAUGCGCAAUGAAGCCUUGCUAAUGUUACAGAUGCGGAGGUUUGAAAAGGAAAUUCAACAAAAAAUAACAAUAACCGAGGCAAGUGCGAUUAGCGGGGAAGGAAGAGAGGAAAUACUCAACUGGAUAAAAAAGAAGUGACAUUUUUCGACACUUUCACUUGGACCAAUAGUGGUCUUUUUAUGGACACUUUCAGUUUCAAAAAACAAUUUAACACUUGGCUGGUUGCCAUAAGCUUUCAAUUUCAACCCAUAUAUAAAUAUUAGCCGCUGUAUUUACCCAGUAUCAGUUAAUUUUAGACACAAUAGCAAAAUGUUCUCUCUUAAGGCUAUCGUUUUCGUUGUCGCUAUCUUCCAACUAGCUCAAGUGAACUCCAUUCCUGUCUAUGAUGACCUAGAGGGCGCUGCUUCCGAGCAUGAUUACGCUCGUGUACAAAUUAAAGUUUUCCGAGGCCCUUCUGAAGGUCAUGAUUAUUUUGCACCUUGGGGAUACUGGGUGAAACAACCUGCCGACGACCACCACCACUAAUAACUUAAUUCUUUGUUACUUUUUUAUGGUUAUUUUUAUGUUUGUUGAGUUUGUUUCAUAAAUAAAAAAAAGCUGAAA